CAUUGCUUUCAUAUAGUGAGUUAGUAUCAUUAUUUGGUCUACCACACUAUACAUUAAAUAGCUCAGCCUUUCAGCUAUUAAUAUUUCUAGUUGAGAAUGGUAAAUGUUCCCAACAUAACAUUGAAUGCCUGUGUCCCAAUGUCAGCUGACUGAUUUUUUUUUUCAUUUUCUUACUAUCUUCUCCUCCACACAAAUCUUAUCAGAUUUUUCAUCAACUAAAUAAUAAUUUUGGUACUCACAUCUCUAAUUGGAAAUACAAAAUUAUUCAGAAAUUUUGUGCUUCUUUUUUGAAGGAGGAGGAAAACAGAGAGGAGUAGAGCAGCCAUCUCAUCAAGUAAAAAGGUCUUGAGAACUUGAAAGGAAAAUUACAAUCAUGGAAAAAGAAAAAGAUAAUGAAGGAGAAAGAGAGAAAUUACAGGAAGCAAACAACUCAUCGGAAUCAUUUUCUGCUCUUUGCAAGGACGUUUUCAGCGUUCUGGAUUUCAUGGAGAGGUUAAAGAAUGAAGAAGAUCAAAAUGCUGUUGACGUGGUCGAUCAAAUUGAAAAGCUGAAAUCGGAGCUGGCAUUUAUUUGUACAUACAUCCAGCUUUCUUAUUCCGAUUUGGAGCAGUUUGAAGAUAUAAUGACUGUCAAAGGACAAGAGGUUGAGAAUCUGCUUCAAUCAAUUCUGUAUGAUGUUGACAACAACGUCGGGUGUAAAUACGACAUGCAUCACGUCCUUGCUAGCCUCAGGGUUAAUAUCAGUCAUUGUAUCAGCUCACAUCAUCAUUGUAAAUCAAGUGCCACCAUGCUUGAGGAGCAGUUGAACUUCCUCCUCCUGAAUCUCCAUCAUCUAUCCAAGUUUCUUGCUGAGCAGAAGUUUCCGUUGGUGAAUCAGUAUGAGAUUCUUCAGAAUGUGUGUGGCAACAUGAAAGAUUUCCAUGGGUUGAUAGUGAAUGGUUGCGUUGAGCACGAGAUUGUUGAAUAUGUCUUACCUCAGUUUCAACUCAUGGCUGAGAGAGUAGGACUCUUUCUUUGGAAUGAUCAAAUUGAUGGAGAGUCUCGACCCUUCAAGCUAGCACAUCUACUCAUGAAGAUUAUUCCAAUUGAGUUGGAGGUUAUGAACAUUUGUUUUACAAAUUUGAAAGCUUCAACUUCAGCAGAAAUUGGACGCUUCAUUAAGCAACUCAUGGAAAUCUCUCCGGACAUUCUUAGAGAUUAUCUGAAUCAUCUACAGGAGCACAUGAUAAAUGUUAUUACCACCACUACUUCAGGAGCUCGAAACAUUCAUGUCAUGAUAGAGUUCCUAUUAAUUAUUCUUUCUGAUAUGCCCAAGGACUUUAUUCAUCAUGACAAAUUAUUUGAUCUUUUGGCUCGUGUUGGAGCACUUACCAGGGAGGUAUCAACUCUUUUUCGCGACUUAGAAGAGAAAUUUAGCAACAAAGAGAGUACUGAUGAAACAAAUUGUGCAACCCUAAAGUUGCUGGAAAAUAUUGAACUCCUCAAGGAAGAUCUAAAACAUGUUUAUCUGAAAGUCCCGGACUCAUCUCAAUGUUGCUUCCCCAUGAGUGAUGGACCUCUCUUCAUGCAUCUGCUACAGAUACACUUAGAUGAUUUGCUGGAUUCCAAUGUUUAUUCAAUUGCUUUAAUAAAGGAAGAAAUUGGAUUGGUGAAAGAAGGCCUAGAAUCCAUAAGAUCAUUUUUUGUGAAUGUUGAGCAAGAAUGGUAUAAAGAUCUCUGGGCACGUGUUUUAAAUGUGGCAUAUGAGGCAAAAGAUGUAAUUGAUUCAAUAAUUGUUCGAGAUAAUGGUCUCUUACAUCUUAUUUUCUCACUUCCCAUUACCAUAAAGAAGAUCAAGCUUAUUAAAGAAGAGGUCUCUGAUUUAGACGAGAAGAUUCCCAAGAACAGAGGUCUCGUUGUUGUGAACUCCCCCAAGAAGCUAGUUGAAAGCGAGUCAUCACCUGCUGGUAAAAUAAUUGUAGGUUUUGAGGAGGAGACAAAUUGGAUUAUGAGGAAGCUCACCAGUGGACCUGCAGAUCUAGAUGUCAUUCCGAUCACUGGUAUGCCGGGUUCGGGUAAAACUACUUUGGCGUACAAAGUAUACAAUGAUAAAUCAAUUUCUAGUCAUUUCGACCUUCAUGCAUGGUGCACAGUCGACCAAGAGUAUGACGAGAGGAAUUUGUUGAAUAUAAUUUUUAAUCAAGUUAAUGGCUCUGAUUCAAAAUCGAAUGAGACUAUUGAUGUUGCUGAUAAGCUACGGAAACAACUGUAUGGAAAGAGGUAUCUUAUUGUCUUAGAUGACGUGUGGGAUACUACUACGUGGGAUGAAUUAACAAGACCUUUUCCUGUAGUUGAGAAAAGAAGUAGAAUUAUAUUGACGACUCGAGAAAAGAAAGUAGCUUUGCAUGGAAUGAUCCACACUGAUCCUCUUAACCUUCGAUUGCUAAGAUCAGAAGAAAGUUGGGAGUUAAUAGAGAAAAGGGCAUUUGGAAAUGAGAGUUGCCCUGAUGACCUGUUAGAUGUUGGUAAAGAAAUAGCCCAAAAUUGUAAAGGGCUUCCUUUGGUGGCUGAUCUGAUUGCUGGAGUUGUAGCAAGGAAGGAAAAGAAAAAAACUGAGUGGCUUGAAGUUCGAAAUAAUUUGAGUUCCUUUAUUUUGAACAGUGAAGUGGAAGUGAUGAAGGUUAUAGAAUUAAGUUAUGAACAUUUACCACAUCACCUCAAGCCAUGCUUUCUUUACCUUGCAAGAUAUCCGAAGGACACUCCAAUGAUAAUCUCUGCGUUGAAAAAUUUAUGGCGUGCUGAAGGACUUGUGGAACAGACAGAGAUGAAGAGUGUGGAAGAAGUGAUGAAGGUUUAUUUGGAUAACUUAAUUUCCAGUAGCUUGGUAAUUCCUUUCAAUGAGAUAGGUGAUGACCCGACUCUCUUACUUCAUGAUCUUGUGCAUGACUUUUGUUUGAUAAAAGCAGGAAAGGAAAAGUUGUUUGAGGGGAUAAGUUCAAGCGCUCCAUCUUCUUCAGAUUUGAUGCCACGUAUAGUGACCUUUGUUUAUAACAUUGAGUUAUUGGAGCUUAACGAUUUGGUCCUGUUCGAUUCAAAUAAGAAAAGCCAUUCUGGUAAACACCUCUAUUCUUUGAGGAUAAAUGGAGACAAGCUGUACGACCGUCUUUCUGAUACAUUUCACCUAAGACACUUGAGGCUUCUUAGAGUGUUGGUACUGGAUGAAUCUUUAAUCAAGGUGAAAGAUUCUUUGCUGAAUGAAAUAUGCAUGUUGAAUCAUUUGAAGUUAUUACGAAUUGGGACAGAAGUUAAAUCUCUGCCUUUGUCAUUCUCAAACCUCUGGAAUCUAGAAAUCCUGGUGGUGUUUAAUGAAGGAUCAACCUUGGUACUAUUACCGAGAAUUUGGGAUCUUGUAAAGUUGCGAGUGCUGUUCAUAAGUGCUUGUACUUUCUUUGAUUUGGAUGCAGAUGAAUCAAUACUGAUAGAAGAGGAUACAAAGUUAGAGAGCUUGAGAGAGUUAGGGAAACUCAAGCUUUCCUAUUCAAAAGACACAGAGGAUAUUUUCAAAAGGCUUCCCAAUCUUCAAGUGCUUGCAUUUGAUCUCAAGGAAUCAUGGGAUUAUUCAACAGAGCAAUAUUGGUUCCCGAAAUUGGAUUUCCUAACUGAACUAGAAUCCCUCAAUGUAGGUUUUGAAAGUUCAAACACAAACAACAAUUCGCUCUCUGCAGCGACAAAUAGGCUAUGGGAUUUUCACUUCCCUGCGAGUUUGAAACAAUUGCGGUUGUUUGAAUUUCCUCUGACAUCUGAUUUUUUAUCAACAAUAGCGAGACUUCCCAACCUUGAAAAAUUGACCCUUAAGAACACAAUCAUCCAGGGGGAAGAAUGGAACAUGGGAGAGGAAGACACCUUUGAGAAUCUCAAAUAUUUGAACUUGAAUGAAGUGACUCUUGCCAAGUGGGAGGUUGGAGAGGAAUCCUUUCCCGUGCUUGAGAAAUUAGUACUGUGGAGAUGUCGUAAGCUUGAGGAGAUUCCACCUAGUUUUGGUGAUAUUUAUUCAUUAAAAGUUAUCAAGCUUGUAGAGAGCCCUCAUCUUAAAGAUUCCGCUAGGAAGAUUAAGAAAUAUGCUGAAGAUAUGAGGGGAGGGGACAAGCUUCAACUUGUUCGCCGGAAGAAUAUCCCAUUAUUUAAGUAACUUUUGAGCAUUAUGUGAGAACAUGUUCUUCUCCAAUCUGUUGUUGUUUUGAUUCUUGUUGAAAGAUGUCUACAAUGUGUUUGAUGAAAGUCUCAGCUGAACUGUCUAUUUGUGAAUACUAAGUAGAAAUAUUUGAGAAAUAUAAUUGAAGAGUUUAACAGUACUGAUUUAUUCCAACAAAAGUGUCACAUAGCUUUGUAAUUAUGGUGGCUCUCGACAAUGAGCUUCAAA